AAAGCGGGUCAAGGCUCCGUCCGUCCAGUCAGAAAACUUCCCCUGUAGUUGAUAAUGAACACUGGGGAGAAAACGACACGUCCUCCUCCUGUUAAAGUUCUGUCAGGGCAGCUGAGGACGGCAGAGAGCCAGAGAAGCGCCGACGGCAGGCUCGAGUGCGUGCUGCGCCCGGGCCGGGCCCGCUCUCUGCCGGUAUCCAUGGUGUGGAUGCAGGGAACUGUGCUGGAGGUCCAGCUGCACCGAGACACGGUGCUCCUGAUGGACGAAACCGGUACCUUUGUCGUCCAGGGCAUCAACACCAUUCCCAAAGGAAAACCGUGUUUGUCUCCAGGCAGCUACAUGAUGGUGAUGGGUGUCAUCCGGGCCGCCUCGCCGGAGCCCGUCAUCCAGGCCGUCAAAAUGGCAGACCUCUCUGAGCUCACCACGCUCCACAGACGGAUGUGGAAGCUGGAGGUGGAGGACCUGCAGGAGGUGCUGCUGACUUGAAGACACCCGUGUGGGUGGAAAUAUGACAACCUGCGCAUCAAAUGUCUGGACGAGUAUUCUGACAGUUGGGGAGGGGGGUUAGAGACCCACCUCACAGCAGAAUCUACUGGAUGGCAGCAGGAUAAAAUCAGACUCCACAAACCAGGAUCAGAGGUGUGUGCAGAGUGAAAUGAACCAUGGACACGGACACACUCAGCCGUUAAGACUGUAAACACAGAUUUGUCUUUCUGAACAUUUUUUUUUUUUAUAAAUAUACAGGCCGUCAUGCUGUGAUCAAAUAUGAGCAGAAUGUUAAAUUUAAAGAAUGUUAAAAUGUUAAACACGGACUCAUCUGGAGUA